GAUAGAACGCCGGCGCCUGUAAGGCGCUGACAUAAUCCAUGUAACGAUGGACAGGAUUUUGCGAGGUAUAAUGAAGUACAGAGCGACUGAUAGGAAAACAAUGGUAGAACAGUUUCAGAGAGUCAGGGAUAAUCCAGAGCCCAAAGCAGUAUUUUUUACUUGCAUGGACAGCCGAAUGAUUCCAACGCGCUUCACCGAGACAAAUAUCGGCGACAUGUUUGUUGUCCGGAAUGCUGGUAAUGUGAUACCAAAUUCACAGAAUUUUCCAGAGGAAGUUACAACUACUGAACCAGCAGCAUUGGAACUUGGUUGUGUUAUAAAUGACAUCAGACAUGUUAUAGUAUGUGGUCACUCAGAUUGCAAGGCAAUGAAUUUGCUGCAUCGUCUGAAGUGUGAAGAAUUCUCAUCAAGGGAUAAUAGGCUUAUAUCACCUCUUCGUGGAUGGCUUAUUGCCCAUGCCAAUGCAUCACUUAAGAAAUUUGAAAAGUUAGAGACUGGAGGAUUUCACCAACCAUUAUUAUUUCAAGCUGAGACUCCCAUGCGCAAAUUUGUGGCAUAUAUUGACCCUGAUAACAAAUUCAGUAUUGAAGACAAGCUGUCACAGGUCAAUUGUCUCCAGCAACUACAGAACAUUGCAAGUUACGGGUUCCUCAAGAAACGUUUGGAAACACAUCAGUUGCACAUACAUGCACUGUGGUUUGAUAUAUACACAGGUGACAUCUAUUAUUUUAGUCGGCAAAACAAACGUUUUGUGGAAAUAAAUGAGCAUACUGUCAUGGGACUAAUAAAAGAAGUGAAUAGGUACUACUCAUAACAGCCAUCGUACUAUACUUCAGUGAGAGUUUAUGUUUGUGAAAUUGCUGUGUAUAACAUUAUACAAUGGCUGCACAUUGUUAAACAGAUUUACUUGGUGUUAGGCUAACAUCUGAUGUGUGUAAAAGGAUCUGGGAAAGAUUUCUCAAAACACAUUAUUGUCUAAUUCUUGUGGACGAGAAUGAACAUUGUAUGCGAGACCAUCAUUUUGGAGAUACUAAUAUAAUUACAUGUCAUCUUCUGUAUGACAUUUAAGUAAAAACUGAUUGCUGUACUUGUAAAAUCAGUAAAAGUGUACUUAGGGUGUACCUGGUUCUUCCACUGUGUGCCACAGUUGAUAAAAGUUUGUGUGAUGGAUGAUGAGGUUCAAAUGGCUCUGAGCACUAUGGGACUUAACUUCUGAGGUCAUCAGUCCCCUAGAACUUAGAACUACUUAAACCUAACUAACCUAAGGACAUCACACACAUCCAUGCCCGAGGCAGGAUUCGAAUCUGUGACCAUAGCGGUCAUGCGGUUCCGGACUGUAGCGCCUAGAACUGCUCGGCCACUCUGGCCGGCUGGAUGAUGAGGAGUGAACUGACAGUUUGUGAGUUGGUUGCUGGUAGCAGGUCAGAACGCCUAUUCUUAAUUUCCUAGGGUUUGUAAAUGUAAUGAGUUGGUAUUGUGUUCUGUUAGGAUGUAGAUGCAAGUGCUACUCUGAGACGAAGAGUUUGGCACAGAAGAGGAAUUUAUGGCUGGUGGCAUUAAACUGGUCAGAAAAUUGAUGACUCAAAAAGUUAACUUUAACCUCACCAUUAGAAUUUUCAGCAAAACUUGGAAUUAAGACACACAUGUAGGUUAUUGCAAUGGUGGGCUUAUAUUUUGGGCUACACUUCUCAUUAAUCUGUUGUGACAGUUAUGUUUUUUCUGUUGAGAUUUGUUGGCCUCACGAACUCGCAACAACAUUCCUGCCCAACCUAUACCUGGCAUUGUGCCACAGAUCAAUCUGUCAGCAUAUUCAGUUUUCUGCCCACUCUCCAUAUCAAAAAUAAAUGUAGUCAAUUUGCAUUUUCUGCUGAAAGAAAAAACUAGAUUCAGUGACUCUCACUGUCUAUCUUAUACCGUCCCCCUGUUGGCUGCCACCGACAGGAACACAUUGCCAAUAGCAGCACGCAGUGGAAGAGCCUUCUACACUGGAAGUGCAUUUUAGCCACAAAAUCUUUUGUGGGCACUGUACACUGAGUUGUUCACAGUAUAUGUUAUGUAAAUAGUAUUUUGUUACAAAUGGAACAUAGUAAAUCAACUUCCAGUUCUGAUUACGUGCAUUAAUAAGACUUGCUACUGACAUUUUAACUGAAGUUUCAAUAUUGAAUAAGAAAUUUUGUAACAAAAAUAGAAAGUAUUGCAUAAGAAAUUUUGUAACAAAAAUAGUCAUGAAUAAAUCUGAAAACACACAAUACUAAAAAUAUCGAAUAAAAUUUCACCAUGCAUGAAAAAUCAUUAAUUUAUUGAAGAUGCAAGGUGGGUUUUAAUUAUAUUUGCUCAUGUGGAGUGCACUAUACAUUUGUUUCAUUUGCAAUGAAUGCAUGCCACAGCAUCAAAGAAAUUAGUGUUUAGAACCUCCUGUGAGUUAAAACUUUGUGCAGGAGCAGAGAUCAAAUGUUCAACCUUGCCUUUCUUGCUGUCCAUUACUGUUUUUAGGCAUGAUUCAUGACAUACUGUCAUUUUCAAUUCUGCAAUACCUUUCUCCUUGUUUCCAAACUCCACAGAUGCUCCCCUGCAUAUCCUGGUUUAUUAUGAUUUGCGGAAGUAUGGUAUAGGCAAAACCUAGGGUUGCUUCCAGAUGGAGUUUUUCAGCCUUCAGCUGAAUGUGGGCUGUCUUGAAACUUCCUGGCAGAUUUAAAUUGAGUGCUGGUGCGGAAUUUAAACCUGGAAACUGUUUUAUUGCAGAGAAUACUGUUACUGACUGAGCCAUUUAGGCAUAAACCCCGACUCACUUUUGUGACAUUCAGAAAGUGGAGGAGAGGUACUGAAUAACUCAAAAGCAGUGCCUACAAAGGAUAAGGUUGCAAGUUCUUACCCAGCUUACAUUUUUUGUCUGCCUGGAAGUUUUAAGGUACAAAGACUUGUAGUCACUUCAAAUAAUGGUGAAAUCACACAAUCAAAGGAGCAUAUAGUGGGAGGAUCAGUACUUUUAAUCUGAAGAGAGACUUCUUUAAAAAAGAUUUAGGGCUAUUGAUGAAAUAAACCUUUAUCUCUACCAGGUUCAAUAAAGAUUUAUUCCCAUCAGCAGCUUAUGGUGGUUCAUAAAUAUAACUUUUUUUAGAAAUAUUUACAAGAUGUAUGGGCACCUACUGCCAAAACUAUACCUCUAACUUUCUACGCAUGGUCCACUUCUGUGAAUUAUUUUGAUCAAUAAUUUGGCUCGGAGCAUUCAGAAAGUUCUACCAAUGAUGCCUGCCGAUUUAUAAUUCCAAUGAUGUAUGCCAAUUUAUAACUGUAAAAUGUAAACAUUUCAUGACAAUAAAUGUCACUUAUUACAAUAUUCCAUACUACUGUGCCACUUGUAAAUGAAUUUCAUCCCCACAAAAGAAUAGAAGCUAUGAGCCUUCUUGAAGAUAUCCGCAGCAAGAUGAGAACAAAACAUUGUUUUUUCCCCAAGAAAUUCAUUAACCGUGGCAUAAUAGUCUGGAAUAUUUUAAUAAGGGGGGUUACAAUACAUUAGUCAUAUCUGUCAACCCUACAGAUAAGGGUCUCUGUGAUGUAAAAAGAUGUCAUUCAUGUAUAUUUAAAGUGCAGUACAAUAAAUGGCUUAACAUUAUGAAA